UUGGAGGAAGCGGCGGCGCUGCAGCUGCGGGGCGUGGGGGCGGCGGCUUCGGAGGCCGAGGCAGUGGUGGUGGCCCUGGCAGAGACACACCAGCACCUCGACCGGGGAAGGCACUUGGCUCGGACCCUACAGAAGGCCCUAUGGAAGUGGCGGCGGGCGGAGGCUGCGGCGCCGGGCCGCCGUUGCUGCUGAGCGAUAGCGAGCAGCAGUGCUACUCUGAGCUCUUCGCGCGCUGUGUGGGCGCUGCAAGUGGGGUCCCCGGACCUGGCCUCCCCGAGGCUACCAGGGUCGCCCCCAGCACUGCCACGGCGGCUGCUGGUCCGGUAGCUGAUCUGUUUCGAGCGUCGCAGCUGCCACCGGAGACAUUGCACCAGAUCACAGAACUGUGUGGUGCAAAGCGGGUUGGUUAUUUUGGCCCAACACAGUUUUAUGUUGCCCUGAAAUUGAUUGCUGCAGCACAGUCCGGCCUCCCUGUGAGGACAGAGAGUAUUAAAUGUGAACUGCCUCUGCCUCGCUUUGUGAUGUCGAAGAGUGAUGGUGAGAAACGGUUUGGGAACCCAGCUGAGCUGCAUGGAACAAAGGUUCAGAUUCCAUACUUAACCACAGAGAAAAAUUCUUUCAAAAGAAUGGACGAUGAGGAUAAACAGCAGGAAACACAGUCUCCCACGAUGUCACCCCUCGCCUCCCCUCCUUCUUCCCCGCCUCAUUACCAGAGGGUGUCCUUGAGCCAUGGCUACAGCAAACUGCGGAGCGGCACAGAACAGAUGCAUCCAGCUGCAUAUGAAAUUAGGCAGCCCAUUGGCCAGCCUGAAGUAUCCUCAUCAGAGGGUCCAGGAGCCAAACCCUCUCGUCGGCAGGCAUCUCUUAUUCGGUCCUUUUCAGUGGAGAGAGAACCGCAGGAGAGCAACAGUAAUUACCCAGAUGAGCCCUGGAGGAUAACCGAAGAACAGCGGGAGUACUACUUCAAUCAGUUUCGGUCCCUCCAGCCAGACCCAAGUUCCUUCAUUUCAGGGUCUGUGGCCAAGAACUUCUUCACCAAAUCCAAGCUCUCCAUUCCAGAACUUUCUUAUAUCUGGGAACUCAGUGAUGCUGACUGUGAUGGAGCCCUGACCUUGCCCGAGUUUUGUGCUGCAUUUCAUCUCAUCGUAGCCAGGAAGAACGGGUACCCACUGCCAGACGGCCUGCCUCCAACUCUGCAGCCAGAGUACUUGCAAGCAGCUUUCCCUAAAUCCAAGUGGGAGUGCACACUUUUUGAUUCUUACUCUGAGUCAAUGCCAGCAAACCAACAGUCCAGUGACUUGAAUCGGAUGGAGAAGACAUCUGUUAAAGACAUGGCUGACUUUCCUGUCCCUACUCAAGAUGUGACUACUGGUGAUGACAAACAAGCUUUGAAAAGUACUGUUAACGAAUCCUUACCAAAGGACGUAUCUGAGGAUACAGCUGCUAACUCAGGCUUGUUACCCCCACCACCGGCACUUCCUCCACGACCAUGUCCAACACAGUCUGAACCAGUGUCUGAAGCUGACUUACACCCUCAGCUGAACAGAGCUCCUUCCCAAGCUGCAGAAAGCAGUCCAACCAAGAAGGAUGCACCACAUGCUCAGCCUCCAUCAAAGCCUAUUCGCAGGAAAUUCAGACCUGAAAAUCAAGCUACAGAAAGCCAGGAGCCUGCUGCUGCAGUCGGAGGGGCAACUUCUGCAGCAAUGGUGAAACCCAAUCCAACAGUCCAAAAGCAGUCUUCCAAGCAGAAGAAGGCUAUUCAGACUGCCAUUCGCAAAAAUAAGGAAGCCAAUGCAGUGCUGGCCCGCCUGAACAGUGAGCUGCAGCAGCAGCUGAAGGAGGUUCAUCAAGAACGAAUUGCAUUGGAAAACCAAUUGGAACAACUUCGCCCAGUCACAGUAUUGUGACAUCCUAGAGGCUUGAGUGACAGCAGGUGACCUUCUCUGCCAAGAUCUUUCUUUUGAGUGUUUAAGCCCAAUUACUUGUCAUACAUGUCUGAAUGUCAAAAGCUGUGAGCAGCACAACAUAAUCUAUAUGACUUUCUCUUUUGCACUUCACUUGUGUAUUUUAGUGGUGAUAAAAUAUGUCUUCAACUGAUUAUUGCACUUAAAAUAUUAUCAGCUACUUGGGAGGAUAAAGCAGGAGGGUUACAAGCUCAAGGCUACUUUAAGAAGCUUGUUGAGACACUGUCUCAAAUAAAAAGUAAAAAGAGAGGUAUGCAUAUAGCUCAGUGGUAGAGUGCUUGCCUGAUAUACAGGAAGCUUCAGCUUAAUCCCAAGUCCCAUUUAAAAACUAUACUUAUCAUUGGAAUUUAUCUCCCAUUUUAACCACUUUUAGAUACUGAUCCUUAUUUAAGUUAGUCUUUUUGCACAUAAUUCAGAACAAUAUUUAUUUGAAGAAUAAUUUUACAGAACCUAUUAAUGAUGUACUACCAGGAUGCUCAUACACAUUUCAUCCUUGUAUGUAUGCUAGAUUCAGUAUGUUGGUUUCCUGAAUAGUGUGCAUUCCAGCUGGAUAGUCUUAGGCAUGAUGAUAAUAAAAACAAAAGCUGGAAUACAAUUAAAGCAUCAGAUUUACACUGGCACUGUGCCCUCUACCACUGUAUGCCAAACACUGCUUCUGUAGUACCAUUUUGAUAUUAUAUCAGUUAUACAUAAUACAUGACUAUUGUUUUCUAUUAAAUAUCAGAACCUUACUGGGUCUUUACACCUCCAUGAAGUAGAGAUUUUGGCAAUGAACUGUUUAACUUGGCCAAUCUAGGCCAUCAACCUAGAUAACUUAGUCCUUUUCAUGUAAAUUUUUGCGCAAGCACAAUCUACUUUAACUGCCUUGCCUGAUCAAAUUAAAUAAAUAGUUGCCAGAUCUCUGCUUUUAUCCUGCAUGGGAUAACAUCUUUGUAAAUGCACGAGCUUGGAAACCACCCAACAAAUAUUAGUAGCUGGAUAGCUACCUAUUUGUUGUUGAAUCCAGGUCUCCAGGCUGAAAAGGGAAGAGAAAUAGCCACUAACUCUGCAAAAAAAAUCCUUGGCUGUUGUCAUUGUUGUCUUUAUUUUAGCCAGGAUUUCAAAUGUGUUGUUUCUGAAGACACAAUGAAAGAAUGCAAUCUUCCCACCAGCUACAUGACUACUUACCCUCUGUAAAGUGUACUCUUGGGAAAUAUUAACUUUAUAUACAAUUCAGGGAAGCUCAGCUAACUCUAGUGGAAGUGAUAUAAAGCAAGCUUAAAUUGCAGAAGCAAGUAUCCUAUAGAAAUUUAGUAGUACAGCCCAAUUGAAAGUAGGAAAGGACUGACCUAUAGGGUUACAGGGUCCAUGGAUCACUGAUCUUCAACAGGGCAUUUUAAUAUUAGCAUUAGUGUGCACAUGGUACUUUUGAAAUGGUUUUGCAUAGAUUUAUAAUAUGUAAGAUUGAACUGUUGAUUCCAAUAGAGCUGAGAACUUUUAGUAAAAAUACGCAUUUAUUUAAUACUUCCCUGCUCCUUUGGCAAGCUUUAUCAAUAGCUUAACAACAGAAGAGAAGAGUUCAAACAGAUGAUGUUUUUCCAAAGAAAAACAAAUUGUUGACUCUCUUCCACACAUAUUUAAGGAUUUGAAUUUGGUUUGAUUUGUAAAGUCAUGAAACUUGAACUAUUUCUGCAUUUCUUUUUUCCUUUGGCUGCCUCUUUUUGUUUGUUGUUGUUCUUGUGGGGAGGACUCAGGAAUGACUUUAACCCCUCCUAAGAUUAUGGUUGGGACAGUGCAAAUUCCUAGAUGUCUUUUUUUUUCCCAUGCUGGGAUGUGGGGCCUGUGACAAAUUUUUGACAGUGUUAUGAUUGCAGAUGUUUCACAGCAUGUUUGGCAUUUUGUACAUUCAAUACAGGAAAGACUAACAUAUGCACUUUAUCUCAAAAUUUUCCAGUGCAUAUGCACUCACUUGGGAUAGCACUUCAUAUCCACCAACCAGACACAACCUAAGGAAUGUUAAGUCUACUGAGCAUUUAAAAACACUGACAUAUUUUUUCCCUCAUGAAGUAAAUGACACAGGGAACUGGGUGAAGAGAUUGGAAUUUUAUUUAGUUAGCUUUGUUUCCCUUAAAGGAUAAAACUUGCAUUGGACAAUCUAGGCCCUCUAAGUUUCACAGCCUCACCAAUAUAUUUCUUGUGGUUCUGGGAUCAAACCCAGGACAGCAUUCAUUCUAGGCUAAUACUGGGCCAUACCUUUAGCCCAUCACCAAUAUUUUAACUGAGGCAUUGCAUUAAACCACACAACAAUCACUCACACACACACACACACACACACACACACACACACACACACACACACACAGUAUUUUUAGCUGGACUUUUGAUCAGUUUAAUAGUUGUUUAUACAUAGAUUCUUAAAAGGAAAUACUUGUGUUUCUAUUAAAUAUAUACUACUAAAUACAUGUUAUGCAACUAGUAUUUAUCCUUUACUUCUGUGUUUUCUUAGGAUGUGCACUUUUAGGGUUAUAGUGCCUGAUAAUAUUUUUGAGAGCCUUUAAUAUGGUAUAGGAAGGCAAACACAUUGGCAUCACUUGUAGAACUACUUUGGAAUUUAUCUCCCAUUUACCACAAAAAAAGUAGCUUCUUUGAUGAAAGAUGAGAGAUGAAAAUUUGCUGGUUUUGGAGAAUUCUACAGCAUGAAGGUUAACUUGUCUCCAUUCACAGGGGUUUAAUUGCCCUGUUGCUCAAUGGUGUUCCUGCAUGGGGAUCCUCCGGUCCCACAGAUGAAAGCACAGUAGGAAAUGAUCAUGAGCUUAUUGGGGCUUUUAGCAUCUCUAGUAAGUAGCAUACAGCUUUGGCUGGCUUUCUAUCCAUAGACCUAAAACACAGCCCAAAUGAUAAAUAGCAAAACUGAAUGUGUAAUGUGACAAUCAAGGCAGAUAUUUGCUCUAGUUGGAAAGAUCACUAAGCACUUUAUAAGCAUUAAACAAGUGUUUGGGACUAAUUGAGAAAAGAACCAGCUUAGAUGGAAGCUGUGCUAUGUGAAUAUAGCAGAACUAGCGUUCCUCUUUUAUAGCUAGCAUGGGAAAAUCCCAUCCCUAAGAAUUGUGGACUCUUGGCCCAGGAAUCCACAAUAACAGAUAGCUAAUGGUAGAGUUGGGAUGUAGCCUGAUUUUAUAGAUUCCAAGGUAGUCCUCUGUCAAUCCUAAAAAUAGAUUAGAAAGCCUUUUCUAUUUAUCAUGCUGAAUUUUAUUGACUUAAUUGGUCUGUAGAUAUGAAAGCAUCUUUUAAGGAGUUUUAGAUCUAGACAUUUCUCUCAGCUUUAAGUAAAAUGUAAAAUUUGAGGGGGAAUAAUGUUAUUAAACUAUUCUUCUAAUGCUUUAUCUUUGAUGAUGCAGUGCAUUCCUUUAAAUCUUGGCAGAACUUUCGAAAGCUACUGCUUUCAAUAGAUUCCAGUCCCACAUUCCCAUGGGCAUUUGCUUUCUCAAAUAGACUACUGUGAAAAAAUGAACUCAAUAUGUAGUAGCUUAUAGUUUUCUCUAGUAUAUUAUUAGUCGCUCACAAAUGGUUCAUUUUAACACAUCUUAGGGAUAAGUAAUCAAACACAUGAACUUUUCUUUUGACUUUCCACCAGUGUCUAGACUAUUGUAAAAUAGUAUGUUUCUUUAGCUGUGUUUUGAUUGUAUAUUAUUUCCAAUAUUCUAAAUAUUUCUCUGUGUACUGGAUGAUCUUGUAACUGUGGCCAUAAUAGAUACAUAAUUAGAAGAUGCAAAUGUCCUUUUAUAUGCAGUGGUUAGAAAGAAAUAAAUUAUAGUGUUAACACCUUAAAGCCAAAACCUUUGUUCAACACGAACUACCAUCACGCCCUGACUAGAUAUCAUGAAGAGAAAAUGGAUUUACAAGUGUGAAAGCAAGAAUUUACCACCUCUCACAAGCAGAUUGCCCCAUGUGAUUGACAAGGAGGCUCAUUGGGUUGUGGUUUGAACAUCAAGGAUGUGAAGAAAAUGAAGCAGUGGCUAAAGGCAUCUUUUCCCCCUCACUAAAUACAACAUUAGUGGCUUUCUUUUUUCUUUCCAGGUGAUUAGUUCUAUUUCAUAUGUUCCCUUAAAACUCAGUCUUCAACACAUCAGUUAAAUUUGUACUCUAGUUAUGGGUAUUACAGUUUUUUGUGUCAUGACUCAGUGUGGUCCAAGUUCCUAGUAAGAAACAGAGAUCUGGAUGUGUGCAGUCCCCAGCCUGCACCCCUUCCUCCCCUUUUAGCAUGGCUGAUGGAAACAUGCCACCAACAGAGGUUGGUCACUGAUGGCCAUUUUAAUAAAUAUUUCUGUGGGCCAUUUUGCUUUGCUUGUUUGUGAAAAGAAACAUAUCUAAUUAUUUGAACCCCUGAAGAAUUGUAGACAAGGAGGACCAGACUUUAAAAGCUAUCCAUGUAGAUUCUGAGAGCUACUGCCCAGCAGAAAUCUUAUAAAUAUGCCUUGAAGCAGCCAUUGUGUAAUUAUGAACUGGGAAGCCCAAGCAUAGUUUUAGGCUUAUAGGAUUACUUCCUAGUUUCUCUAAACAUACCUGGUAGUAAAGAACACAUCGAAAGCACUGCAGGUUGCAGUUGACAGUACCCACUCUGUCUACAAAAGCCGUGGAGAAUGCUUAGUUUGCAUGUCUUGUGAUUUCUCCUCUCUUGUUCCUAGCUAAUUUCAUGGCUGUGGGAAGUUAGCAACACUAGGUUUAUGACUCUGAAGACCAGAGGACAGCAGGUGUUAAGAGGGCUUAAACUGGGAUGCGAGAUCUACAGUAAGAAAACCCUCAGGUACCAGGUUCAGAGCAGUCUGGUAUGAUAGGACUAGAUCCUAAAGUUCUUUCAGGGAACUGCCAUGAGACUGAACACAGUAUAUCCAUCAUAAGCCACUUUGACCAACUAAGUUGUAGUUUUUGUUUCAAGUCAACUUGUGUGAUAAGUUCCACUGCACCUAUCUUGGGAAGCAGGGAUACCCUCUUCGUUAGAACUAGAGCUGCCGUUCUUUUCAUCUUCAGCACAAGUAAGGUAUUUAAGUGAGCCAGAGAUGAACAGAGCCAUUUUAGUCUUCAUUGUUAUCUGCUAAGAGAGAUAAUGAGCUGACUGUCUAUUUUAAACUCGAAGGUAAAAAAAAAAUGUAUAUUUUUUCACUACAGGUACAUGUAACAGUAAACCGUGUAACAGCAAAGUAUAUAUUUGAUGCUUUCUGUCUUUCAUGAUACUGUGCUAACAAGUUGUGCUAAUAUUUAACUCAACCAGAGUCUCGCUCAUUUGCUAAGCAUUGGGAACAUUCUGUAUAUUUACCUUAAACAUAAAUAAAUUCCUGAGAGUAUCCUAUAUUUGGAUUGUGAUUUGUAGACUCAUGCUAACUUUACUGCCUCUUUUUCACACUUGUUGAAAAAUCUGUGAAGAACAUAGUAAGUUAAGGUUUUCCAACUUGAAAAAAUGUACAUGAUGUGAAACUGGGGUGCUAUGUUAAAAAUAAACGUAUGAUAACUCAUGGA